GAUAACAGCUGCUAGCCGAAACGCAAGAAGAAGAACGAAAACAAUUCUAAGUUAACUGAGCAUAAACAAUUUAAAAACAUUGAAUUAUGACAGACUUUGGCGGAGACUCGGGUGGCCGACUUAAGGGCGUAACUAUAGUAAAGCCUAUAGUGUAUGGGAACAUAGCCAGAUCCUUCGGCAAGAAGCGUGAGGAGGACGGACACACGCAUCAAUGGAAGGUCUAUUUAAAGCCCUAUUUCAACGAGGACAUGUCCAUCUACGUCAAAAAGGUGCACUUCAAGCUGCACGAGAGCUACGCAAAUCCGAACAGGAUCGUGGUUAAGCCGCCAUACGAGAUCACCGAGACCGGAUGGGGUGAAUUCGAGGUGAUCAUCAAGAUCUAUUUCAACGAUCAAUCGGAGCGCCCGGUUACUUGCUACCACAUCCUUAAGCUCUUCCAAUCGCCUGUGGUCGAUGGCGAGCUCACCUCCAGCACCACUAUGGACACUAAGAAGGGCCUAGUCUCGGAGUCGUACGAGGAAAUCGUUUUCCAAGAGCCCACCCAGAUCAUGCAGCAUUAUCUCCUGCUUUCAGAACAGAGCGCCAAUGGACUGUUAACCCACGACACUGACUUUGAGGAAAAGAAGACGAAAACGCUGGACAACAUUGUGAAUGUGAAACAGAAAGUCAAGGGAGAGAUUGUUACGCUGAAGGACAAACUAAAGCUGGCACGUGAGACCAUUUCGAAAUUCAAAGCGGAAUUGGCGAAGGUGCAGAAGCAACCUGCGUAACAGAUAUGUGCACACAUUCUCCAUAAAAAUACUUUCCAUGCAUACAGUUUUGAUUAAGUGUAAUGGUUUAAGUACUUAUAUGUAAAUUAUUAAAUAGAUGAUUGGAAAAGUU